GAGGGUCGCCAUGAGUGGAAGGAACAUACCCAAAAGUUUCAGAGUGCAAAGCUUAGCCGGUGUAUGUGGAUGCAUCCGGCAUCCUUUUAUCACGAUUUUCUCGAAUCCUCAUUAAUACUAUCAUCCCUGAAGGGUCCAAAGUUCUGAGCGCGGAGUCGUUUUUAGCAACGCGGUGGCUCCACUUGUACAAUUGAACUUUUUUCGAGUGAAGCGCGGGCGUGGUGCAGGUCACUAUCGCACCUCAGAGUUUUAAGUCUACCCAACCUGUUGAGAGAAGACCGAAUGGUAGAGUAUGUCGGCCUUACGAAUGCAGAUGAUCUCACCCAGAACCGUUCGGUUUUUAAGCCGCGGGCGCAGCGAGUUCUUAGCUGGUAGCAAUGGAGCGCAGCGGUCCGGUGGUGGCCCCAGUGUCCGCGCACUGACCUCUCCCCCCCUGUCUUACUCCAUUACCCGCAGAUCCUUAUCUAGUCUGAGUGGGACGCGGCGUGGACUCCCCAAGGAGAAAAUGUCCGAGAAUGGAGUGGUGCCCCGGGCCAAGGUGCUGACCAUCGACACCAUGAACCCCACGGUGAAGAAUGUGGAGUACGCAGUGCGGGGGCCCAUCGUGGCUCGGGCCGUGGAGCUGGAGAGGGAGCUCUCAGAGGGAAUGAAAAAACCCUUUGUUGAGGUCAUCAAGGCAAAUAUUGGUGAUGCACAUGCCAUGGGCCAGCAGCCAAUCACUUUCUUCCGACAGGUCUUGGCACUGUGUUCCUACCCUGAACUGCUGAAUGACAGUGCAUUCCCAGAAGAUGCUAAAAGUAGAGCGUACUACAUUCUGCAGUCCUGCGGAGGGAACAGUAUGGGUUCCUAUAGUCCCAGUCAGGGCAUAGACUCUGUGCGUGAGGAUGUCGCCCACUACAUUGAGCGAAGGGAUGGCGGUGUGCCCUGUGAUCCAGAUAACAUUUACCUUACAACAGGGGCCAGCGAUGGCAUUAUGACCAUGUUAAAGCUGCUGGUGUGUGGUGAAGGUGCAAACCGUACAGGCGUCAUGAUCUCUAUACCUCAGUAUCCACUGUACUCGGCUACACUGGCUGAACUUGGUGCAGUGCAGAUAAACUAUUACCUUAAUGAGGAUAAGUGCUGGAGUCUGGACAUCAGCGAGCUGCAGCGCGCUCUAGAUGAAGCCCGGCACUACUGUAACCCCAGAGCCCUAUGUAUCAUCAACCCUGGAAACCCAACCGGUCAGGUUCAGAGCAGACAGUGUAUUGAGGAUGUAAUCCAGUUUGCAGAAAAGGAACGUCUCUUCCUCCUGGCUGAUGAGGUGUACCAGGACAAUGUGUAUGCUGAUGGUUGCCAGUUCCAUUCUUUUAAGAAGGUUUUGUAUGAGAUGGGGCCAGAAUAUUCAAAUACAGUGGAACUGGCAUCUUUCCACUCCACUUCAAAGUGUUACAUGGGAGAGUGUGGCUUCCGUGGAGGCUACAUGGAGAUCAUCAACAUGGACGAUGACGUGAAGGCCCAGCUGACUAAGCUGGUGUCAGUCCGUUUGUGUGCUCCUGUUCCUGGUCAGGCUCUAAUGGACCUGGUGGUCAACCCUCCGCAGCCUGGGGAGCCCUCAUACAACAGCUUCAUCAAGGAGCGCACAGCUACCUUAAGUGCCUUAGCAGAGAAGGCCAAACUUACAGAGGAAAUUCUCAAUACAGUGCAAGGCAUCCACUGCAAUCCGGUGCAGGGAGCUAUGUACUCCUUUCCUCGCAUAACCAUCCCUGAAAAGGCCAUCAAAGAGGCCACGGACAACGGUCAGCUACCGGAUAUGUUUUACUGCAUGAAGAUGCUGGAGGAGACUGGGAUCUGCCUCGUACCUGGAAGUGGCUUUGGUCAGAAAGAUGGAACCUAUCAUUUCAGAAUGACCAUCUUGCCACCGAUAGAUAAGCUGCGCAUCCUGCUGAGCAAAGUCAAGGAGUUCCAUCAAAAAUUCACCUGGCAGUACUCCUAAGUUUCUCUGUUGUUUUCCUCAUUUCAAAAAGGGAGGAGCUUGCCAACUACACCAACAGGAACACAGCCAAUCGGAAUUUAUCUGUCACUAAUAAGUGCCUUCUCUAUGUUGGCUCUGGUGGUCUCUGUGAUGAUACACUUUAGCCUCUACAGCUAUCUCAUCUGGCCAUUGGUGGACAGUUCACAAGGCACUGGUUUGCGUGACUUUAUCUAAUGUUUCUGUUUUAAAGGGCAUAUUAAUUGUAUUUGUGUAUAUGAGAGAUAGAUUGUCUAUUGCCAAGCUAAAAAAGGUACAACUGAAGAAAUGUCAUGCUGCUGUGAACUGUGAAAACUGUGAAUACACGUACAACUCGGUAAAAUAUUCCAUUGCUGUGGGCUGCACUUGACACAGAGGAUCUAGAGAAAAGUCUUACUUGCAUGGUGAUUCAGAAAUGAUUUGUAGAGUCAAAAUAAAUGUACAGUAACAGUU